GCUCGCGCUCUGCUCGGUCACACACACUUCUCUUCAGGUUCAGGUUCAGGUGCGCUCAUGGUUGUACUGCGUCAUAUCUCCGUGGCGUUCAGCGCCGCGAUGGCUGCGGUCGGGACCGCGCUGUUUAUCGCACUCAAUGUCUUUUAUACAAGACGGGUAUGGACACCAGAGUCAGACUACUGCACGUUUCGAGAGGAGGAGGAGGAGGAGCGGAGUGAGAAGCAGGUGCUUGUUCUUGGGUUGGACGGCGCUGGUAAGAGCAGUUUUCUGCAGGAUCUGAGUGGAGUGGGCCACAGGACGGGCUCCCGGAAGCCCACGCGCGGCUUCAACUUCAUCAGCCUACACACACCUGCGUGCCAGCUGGACUUCCUGGAAAUUGGAGGUGGUAAAGACUUGCGAAUGUACUGGGUGGAUUACCUGAGGAAAACACACAUCUUGGUGUACGUGGUGGACUCCUCUGAUCGAGGCCGGCUCCCUGAGGCCAAAGACGAGCUCCAUCGGUUACUGAAAGCAGACACUGAUCUUCCAGUGGUGGUCUUGGGAAACAAGCAGGAUAAGCCCGAUGCUGUUAGCGUGCCGGAGCUGCGCGAGGCUCUUUCCCUGAGCUCUGUGGCGGAUCAGAGGAAGCUCUUCCUGCUGGAAGCACAGUCGGGAUCUGACGGAUUAAGCAGAACCUGCGGCCUCCAAAAGUUCCAGGACCUGCUUCUGACAUUGGUGUGACCGGUUGUGUGAUUAAAGACUGGCAAAGGGAUCUUUUGUAACGAGGGAGCA